AUUUUAUAUUUUAGUAGAGCAAAUAUGCAGAAAGCUUGGUUUUAUGAAGAGUAUGGAAGUAAGGAAGUUCUCAAGCUGGGAGACUUCCCUUUUCCUACUCCCCACCAUAAUCAAAUAAUUGUCCAAGUUCGAGCUGCUGCUUUAAAUCCGAUUGAUUUUAAAAGACGCCAGCGUCCCAUCUUUCCUUCGGACUUUCCUGUGGUUCCAGGCUGUGACAUGGCAGGUGUGGUGGUGGCGAAAGGCACUGGUGUCACCAAGUUUGAUUUAGGCGAUGCAGUUUAUGGGAAUAUUCAGGAUUUCAAUGCUCCUGGAAAGCUGAAGCAGCUCGGGACACUGGCAGAAUUUAUUGCGGUGGAGGAGACCCUGGUGGCAAUGAAGCCCCAGAACCUAUCAUCUGAGGAAGCCGCGAGUUUGCCGUUAGCUGUUGAGACUGCAAUUGAAGGGUUUGUAACAGCAGGUUUCAAAGAGGGACAGACAGUUUUUAUUGUUGGAGGUGCGGGUGGUGUUGGGACUUUAGCUGUUCAGCUGGCCAAGCACUUUUACAGUGCUUCCUAUGUUGUGGCAACAUGUAGCUCAGCAAAGGUGGAGUUUGUCAAGAAACUGGGUGCCGACAAAGUUAUCGACUACACAAAUACCAAGUAUGAAGAAAUUGAGGAGAAAUUUGACUUUCUUUAUGAUACCAUCGGGGACUGCAAGAACUCCUUUGUAGUGGCUAAGGAUGAAGCUCCGAUCAUUGACAUAACCUGGCCUCCAUCACAUCCAAGGGCAGUCUAUUCAAGCUUGACAGUUUCUGGAGAAAACCUGGAGAUGCUUAGGCCUUAUUUAGAGAACGGAAAGCUCAAGGCCAUCAUCGAUCCUACCGGACCUUAUGCAUUUACAGAUGUUAUUGAAGCUUUUCGAUACUUAGAAACCGGAAGGGCUCGGGGAAAAGUCGUCAUUUCUCUGUUCCCCACAGGGAAUGCUCCGUCGUUCGUCUCGCGCGAGCUUGGAAGCAACCAAAUGCCUCGAAGGGUUGCUGUAGGGGCAUCUGUCUGCUGAGUACAUUGCAUCCUGUUUUCUGGUAUUGAUAGCUUUGGUAUUGCGAUAUCACAGACUUUGGAAAAUCUCAUUUUUUAUUUGCAAUCUAAAAGCAUAUAUAUGUCUGUGAUCGCUUUAUGAAAUGAAAAUUCUGCUCCGA